CAGACGAUCGUGUUCCUCCUCCCUCCCUCCCACCAUCUUUCUCUCUCGUCCAUUCUCCACCCUCUCCUUCAUCCGUUCUUUUGGGAGUGAUUUUUGUUCAAUCUCUUUUUUUCUUUCUGCUGGUUAAUUAUACCAAUUAAUCCUUAGACUAAAAUGUCGUCUCUUGUACCGGUCGCUCUUUGGAGCCUUCAUAUCUCGCCCAAACAGAGUCUUGUUCCGGCCGUUAACGCUUUUCCUGCCACUGUAAGAAUUCCCCUUUGUUUAUUCGCUUCCCUGUAGGUGCUGACGAGCGCAGAUUCGUUUGACUAUGGCAGCAAUUGAUCCGUCUGCUGAGCCUUAUGAGGAGGGGAAGCCGAUGCGUGCUACUCUAAAGGUUUUGCGUGAACCUGUUCCCGAUUCUGAUGACGAAACCGAAACCGAAACCGAUUCUAGAUCUGAAACCGAAACCGAUUCCGAUUCCGAUUCCGAUUCCGAGCCAGAAUCGGAUGGGGGGGUUGAGAAAGCGAUAAAGAGCUCGCCCAAUAGUAAGCAAUCGCCUAAGAGCAAAACGAGCAGCGACGAUGCGAUGGAUGUUGAGGGCACCGACGGCGACUUUGACUCUGAUGCCGGGGACUCUGAUGAAUCGGGGACCUUGGACUCUUUUGUCGUCUGCACUCUGGAUUCAGAUAAGGUAGGGCCUUUGUGCGGUAUCGCUUUGUGGGCUGAUGGCUGAUCCGUUGCAAAAGCACUGUCAACAAGCUCUUGAUCUUGUCAUUGGCGAUGACGAGUUCGUUUACUUCAAAGUUGACGGAAACUACGAUGUCUAUCUUACUGGCAACUACGUUGUCAGUCCCGGAGAUGCUUAUGAUAGCGAUGGCGAGGACGAUGAUGGCGAUUAUGAUCUCUCCCCCGACGAGGAUGAACUUUGUCCUGACGAGGAAACUGACUCUGACGAGCUUGAUGAUCUUGGCGACCCUCCACGCAUCCAAGAGGUUGAUACUGAUGAAGAGGAGGCUGCAGCGGCUUCCAAGUCUCUCAUGCCCGCUAAUGGCGCUAGCAAAAAGGACAAGAAGGUCGAGAAAGCCGAGAAGGUUGAUAAAGCCGAAAAGGUUGAUAAGAAAACUGAGAAGAAAUCCCUGAAGCGCCCGGCCGAGGACGAGGUGCCUCGCACUAUCGAUGAGAUGAUCGACGGAGCGAAGCCUGCGCCUGAGAAUAAGGGUGAAGCUGAGAAGAAGCUUUCUAAGAAGCAGCUUAAAAAGCUCAAGGCGAAUGAUGGGAAGGCUGUUGAAGCGACUGCUGAUUCCAAGGCCAAGGAAGCUAAGAAGGUCCAGUUUGCUAAGGAACUUGAACAGGGACCUACCGGGUCCCCAGUCACUGCUGUGAAGAAGGAGAAGAAGACACCUAGUGCAAAGAGGGUUAUACACGGAGUCACCGUUAUGGAUAGCAAGGUUGGAACUGGUGCUACCGCUAAGAAGGGUAGCAAACUCUGCAUGCGCUACAUUGGAAAGUUGGAGAAUGGCAAAAUCUUCGAUAGCAACACGAAGGGGAAGCCUUUUUCCUUCCAGCUGGGCAAAGGCGAGGUAAUCAAGGGCUGGGAUGUCGGGCUUGAUGGAAUGCGCGUCGGCGGUGAGCGUCGGCUUAAUAUUCCGGCUGCUUUGGCCUAUGGAAGGCAGAAUAUUCCUGGAGUUCCGGCCAAUAGCAACUUGAUUUUUGAUGGUAUGGUUCUUUUUCUGCAAUAUUCUGAAAACUACUAGUGCUAACUUUUCUUCUCUUCUAUUGAUAGUCAAACUCACAGACAUCGAAUAAUCUCGCCCAGCAGGGAGGAAGCGGGAGAUUGCUAGAAAAAUUUACCCUUUCCUUGCUUUCCUUCGUCACUGUCUCAUAAAGAGGGGCCUUGUGUGUAAGUUAAUUGAACUUUGUCCGAUCGUCAUUACAUUUCUUUCUUAACGGCAGCCAGUUGUGCUACGGGUGUACCGACCUAUAGUUUUGUUUCUGAAGGUCGGGAUAUCGUGUUUUUUUCCCCCUGUGGUCUUUUCAAAAUCAAAAAGUUUUUUUUUCUUUCUCUUCUAGUUGCUAUUACAUUCAUGGGAUAUCCGGUAGGUUGACUAGCUAGGGUUGCUUGCGCUCGCUUUUUUAUCUGUUGUUGGGGUUGACUGUGAUGGAUUGGAUUCCGGGUGGAGUCGGGAUGUAGUAUUGUAGUGUAGCUUUGAAAAAAAGAAAAAAACGCUUCUUGGACGAAAUUUGCUUGCGCAGUGAGCGGGAGAUGCACUAUGCUGUGAAGGCUGGGGAGAUAGGUGAAUAUUAUAUGUGAAUGAAAGAGACUGGGUUUGAAUCGCAUGUCUGUACCCAUCUGCGAAAACCUUAUGU